AUGGGGUCUGCCAUAGAAUGUGGUACUGGCAUUGUUCAGCGAUUGGACUUUUCUAGCAGCGAAGAAGAGGAAGAUCUUCAAGGGCCUCAGAGAAGAGCUACAUUAGCAUGGAGGACAAAUGGAAACCACUACCCAACCACACCCCAGAGGAAUGAGAGAGGUCUUUCCCCUGAACAUGAGCUGAGCCCACUCAGGGAAUCUCCUGUACAAGGCCCACAGAAGAGUAGUGGUGACUGCCCAGGAACCCCACUACACUACAGAACAUGGAAAAAGCUAAAGUUGUGUGAUACCCCAUACACACCAAAGAGCCUGUUGUAUAAGAACCUUCCCUCUCCUGGUGCCAGAGUCCCCUGCAGGGGGCAGAGGUUACUCCGCUUUGCUGCUGGCACUGGUGCUGAAUUGGAUGACCCGGCGGUGGUCAAUGUUAACCCCUUCACCCCUGAAGCCUAUCGUCAAAUUCAUCUUCAAACUAAUGGCAAAAGGAAGGAAUGUGGGGAUGAUGGUUGUACGAAUGAGUCUCCUUUCAAACAAAUGGAGAGGAACAGCCCUGCAGUAUUUUCAUCCAAGAGAUUUGCGCUACGAGACAGCAACAUGGUUUCUCGCUACAAGUCUGAGUUUUUGGAGAUAGAAAAAAUUGGAGCCGGAGAGUUUGGAUGCGUCUACAAGUGCGUCAAGCGACUGGAUGGAUGUUUCUAUGCCAUCAAACGCUCUAAGAGGCCACUAGCUGGGUCCACAAAUGAACAGCUGGCCUUGCGGGAAGUCUAUGCUCAUGCAGUGUUGGGGCAUCACCCACAUGUGGUGCGUUAUUACUCAGCCUGGGCCGAGGAGGAUCACAUGAUCAUUCAGAAUGAGUACUGCAACGGUGGAAGUCUGCAGGAUCUUAUAACAGAGAAUAUAAAGUCUGGCUGCACUGUGUCCGAGCAGGAGCUGAAGGAGAUUACAUUGCAGGUGUCCAUGGGACUGAAGUACAUACACAGCUCUGGGCUGGUCCACAUGGAUAUCAAACCAAGUAACAUUUUUAUCUGCCGGAAAAUGACUGAGGCAAGCCAUGAUGAGAGUGAUGGUGAAGAUGAGAUUUCCUCUGCUGGUGUCUUUUAUAAAAUUGGGGAUCUUGGACAUGUGACUUCUAUAACCAACCCACAGGUGGAAGAGGGAGACAGCAGAUUCUUGGCCAAUGAAAUACUCCAGGAGGAUUACAGCCAGCUUCCAAAGGCUGACAUAUUUGCUCUUGGUCUCACUGUAAUUUUGGCAGCUGGCGCAGACCCUCUUCCGUGUAAUGAUGAAAGAUGGCACCAUAUAAGAAAAGGAAACCUGCCCAGUGUCCCACAGCCUUUGACUACUUCCUUCAAUGACCUACUUAAGCUGUUGGUUCAUCCAGAACCUAGCAGAAGACCACCUGCAAGUACUCUUGUUAAACAUACGGUCUUAAGACGCUCACUUGGUAAAGCUGCUCAACUUCAGAAGCAGCUGAAUGUAGAGAAGUUUAAGACGGCCAUGCUAGAAAGAGAACUUCAAGCAGCUCGACAGGCACAAACUGGUAUGGAUGAAUGUUCAAACCUGCCAUCUCAGACAGACUUGCUCUGCCGGAGUAGGAAACGUCUUGUUGGGGGCAAAAAUGCACGGUCCUUGAGUUUCACCUGUGGAGGGCAUUAG